AUUAAAAUAUGUCAACUAGUUAACAAUAAUUUUUGUGUCGCGCUUAUUUUAUAAUAAUUUAUAUUUUAUAAUCAGUUUACAUACAAGAUGAACGCGUACACUGUUUUGUUAAUAAUGAUCGGGUGUCAGAUUGAAGCACGGCCGAAUGACUUUUGGCCCAAUGUUGGCUCCGUCCUCUUCAAUCGUGACGACUUGAAUAGAAUAAUGUGGUCCAAGAGAGACAUAGCAUUGUUAAAGGCAAGGCGGUACUUCCAAAAGCUGAUUCCUCCGCCCACCUUUAUAACUGUGGAGAAUGAAUUCGUAGACAAGAUGCUUACUUACUUUCGGGAUACGUACGCAACAAUCAAGAAUGUAUCACCGGACCAAGAUGUAGACAGGAUAAUGACCACUGCCCUCUCGGAUACCGUCGGAGGCUACCUUAAGCUAUGUGUGCUACCCGUUACAAAACUCUCAUUCUAUGGCGGUAUAGCAUCAUAUGAAAGCGCAUACAAGGUGUUUAGGUUCUACACAGAAAUUAAGGAAUAUCUGUAUACUGACGGCCAUAACUGGCGAAACCCCGAUCAAAAAAUGCUGAACGAUUUAAUUUUGAACGGUCCUAAAGUCUGGCGUAAUAAGAAGCAAAUGCUCAAUGCACAUGACUUAACACAAAAGGAGGAUCCCUGUACGCUAUUUUAUUUCGAAAAAUCACCCAAAGGAUUAGUAGUGCCCAUACCUGUUGUGAAUUGGGAUGAUGUCUCUAUGUUUUUACCCGUACACAAUGAAUCAACGUUUUCUUUGGAUUCUCCUAAGCACUGUAACACAUUACAAAAUUAUUACAAUAAAGCAAAGAUUUGCAUGAAUUCAAAAAGUAAAGAUGUUGCAGCAGAUUUUGAUUACAAGUUUCAAAACUGGUUAUCAUCAGAUGUACUACCGCACCUCAAAGACGACCGCUUGUACGUCGCCUUAGGUAAUGUUUUAAGCUUACUCAACCAAACCAGGGAAAUAUGCGACGUAAUUCUGGAUAUAUAUAAUUCUAGUUCGAAACGCAUUCUACCAGAUUUAAAGUCCAUUGUCUGUUCAAAAACAUCGAUAGUUGUUAUUAUAAUACUCAUCUUCGAAAUAAUUUGGUGUAUUGUAGCUAUAGAUAGAUUGUGUUGUAAAAAGAUUUCAGACUUGGACGAUAUGGAUAAUAAUAACAGCCAUAGAGUCUUUUCGUACUUCCGAAUAUGUAGCAACAAAGAGCGUAUGCCAGUCAAGAAUAGGAACACACAAGAUUAUGAAACGAAGUACCCCGAGAUGGCUAUUAAUAAGUCGUCGUACAUGCGGAAAUGGUCAGGACACAGCAAUUACACCGAAAUGGAUCGUAAAAUAAACUGGCUUCCUACAACAGUGGAAGCAGGCUGCCAGAACGAGCCGUCAAUCAAAUGUGAAUGUCCAUCUACCUGUAUUGGCACAAAGUGUAGAGCUCAAUGCUCAUUCCUUUAUCAAGUACAAUCUAAUGACAUAUUGACAAUAGUCAACGAAAGAAUCGACGAUUUUUCAUCGCCAUCACCACGACUUCCAAUGACUAUAACGAAUAAAAGCUACACUAAAAUACCAUCAAACAUUAGCGGCGUCAAAGACAUUGACACCCGAGAGACUUAUACAUGUAACUCUAUAAAUUUAUACGACGAGUCAUCCAGUACUAUUGCAAGAACCAAGAAUAAAUCGGCAGUAACAAUAUACAGGUCUCAAAAGAGCUCAGAAGGCAAUCAAACUAGGUACCGAAGUCGUCAAAGAAAAAACUUUCAAAUAGAAAAGGCUGUGACUGGGUGUAAGCGAAACAAGGCUAUACUUAGUCCAUAUUCUAUAAUACCUGACUCACGCCCUAGUCGCAAUAGUGCAGCUGACUCCUACGUCAGUUUUGAAUUAGUAAAUAUACCCAGUAUCAAUGAAGUGACCACUGAUUCUCCCAUUUGUUACUAUUCACACGAAAAACCAUCAACAAUCACAAAAAAAGCUAGGACUAUCUCUGAGAUGCAAUCGGUGACAACAAGACCAAAUAACGAAACUGAAACGAAUGUGCAAGAAAGGAACUAUCUGGUGAAUAAAUUGACGUCCCCAGUAGCAGUCAUGGUGUCUAAAGAUUUAAAAGGUAAACAAUUCCAAUGGAAACGAUAUUUAAAAAUGAAAAUAGAUGAACCAAAGGCUGAAAUCAAAUUAGGAACAUUCGCUGCGCGAGAGUCACCUAGAAAAGGACAAAGUAAAAUUCCAACUCGAAAAUCAGUGAAACGUGCUCAAUACAGUACAAUAAAACGACCGAAAGAAGUAACCACUGAAUCACUAGUAUACGCUGACAAAAGCAUUGAUCCAGUCACUAAAUAUAUAGACCGAUCAACUGACUACAUAAUAACUCAAGAAUACGCUAUGCAUCAAGUGAGUACAAAAGAAGAUAACAGUCAUGUUAUCAACCAUAACCAACAAAACCAAGUUAAAAACUACAGGGUGCUAGAGUCAACUUUAUUGUCCACACAAGAUCUUACCACUAUACCAACGGCCUCUAAACCAGAUAUUCGAUUCGAAGAAAAAAAUGCAAAUACAAAAUCAAAUGAACAAGAUAAAAGCCUAAUGACAAUAAAACGAAGUGGGAGCGAUUCAUCAAAAAUAUCACGGUAUACUGCUGAUGUCGCAUUACCAUGUACCAAUUUGAAACAAGAUACAAUAAUAGAAAGCAGCAAUAACGCAAGGGGUACUCACCAAGAGACAGUAUUAGCAACUGAGAAAGUAGUUUGGUCAGUAUUAGCAACUGAGAAAGAAAAGACAUUAAAAGAACAAAACGUUCGAGAGUCUAGUGACAUUGUUACGGACUCAACAAAUGGGUCCGAGAGUAAAAAGAAAGGACAUUAUAGUUUAAAUAAAUGGCAAGCCAAAACUACAGAGAAUUCAAACUCAUCCUUGAAACUAAUAAAAACAAAUACAAAAUCAGAAACGUCAAAAGUGUCGAAAUACCAAAAAAUCACUGAACCAAUGAAAAAAUUAAAUAAACAAGAAAGAAGAGCAGGAACGGUGAAAAGUAAAAUAACAAAGUGCCAUAAAGACAACCCCAGGAAAACACUGCGUCCUCCGGUGAGAUCUUUGAGCAAAUGGAAGACUUCCAUGGAACUUGAAGGCAAGCAAAAUUGCAAGCAAAGAAAUGAGUUCGCGCCAACUACAGAAAAUGUUAUAGAAAAGUCAUCGAUUCUUUUAAACAAAAGCGAUACAUAUGGUGACACUACGUGCAAACGGCAGACAGGGGAUGGUAGUAAUGGCCAAACUAAUUUGUCAACCACACGCAAAAGCAAAAUUCCGCAACUUAAGCGAAUCGACGACACACGGGUGACAAAGACACUAAAUACUGAAGUUAGAUUAAACUUAUCGUUUUAG